GCGGGCUGUGGAAGCCGCACCCUGUCGGGCGGGGGCCGCUCGGUGCCUGAGGGGGCGGCGGGAGCGGCGGGAGGCGGGGACCGAGACAGCGACAGCCUCGUCAGGGGACCGGCCGCCGCGGCCCCUUCGCUCCCGCCCGUUCUCAUCUGUCCUCGGGUUCCUUAAAACUGUGCUAUGAAUGGUGACUCUGGUGUGGGGGUGGUGACUUCACCACCUCCAACAACAGCCCCUCAUAAAGAGAGGUAUUUUGAUCGAGUUGAUGAAAAUAAUCCAGAAUAUUUGAGAGAGAGAAAUAUGGCACCUGACCUUCGCCAGGAUUUUAACAUGAUGGAACAGAAGAAGAGAGUCUCCAUGAUUCUUCAAAGCCCAGCCUUUUGUGAAGAAUUGGAAUCCAUGAUCCAGGAACAGUUUAAGAAGGGGAAGAACCCCACAGGUUUAUUGGCUUUACAGCAGAUUGCAGAUUUYAUGACAACGCACGUACCAAAUGUCUACCCUGCAGCACCUCAAGGCGGAAUGGCUGCAUUAAACAUGAGUCUUGGCAUGGUAACACCAGUGAAUGAUCUGAGAGGGUCCGACUCCAUUGCUUAUGAAAAAGGGGAGAAGUUGUUACGAUGUAAAUUGGCAGCUUUCUACAGAUUAGCAGAUCUCUUUGGCUGGUCUCAGCUUAUUUACAAUCAUAUAACAGCCAGAGUAAAUUCUGAACAAGAGCACUUCCUUAUUGUACCUUUUGGACUCCUCUAUAGUGAAGUCACUGCAUCUAGUCUGGUUAAAAUCAAUAUUCAGGGAGAUGUGGUUGAUCGUGGAAGCACUAACUUGGGAGUAAACCAAGCUGGUUUUACAUUGCACUCUGCWAUUUAUGCAGCUCGACCUGAUGUCAAAUGCAUUGUCCAUAUCCACACGCCAGCAGGAGCAGCGGUUUCUGCAAUGAAGUGUGGUCUCCUGCCAAUUUCACCUGAAGCACUUUCUCUGGGGGAAGUAGCUUAUCAUGACUACCAUGGUAUUCUAGUGGAUGAUGAAGAAAAGGUGGUUAUUCAGAAAAAUUUGGGGCCUAAAAGCAAGGUCCUCAUUCUCAGAAACCAUGGCUUAGUAUCAGUUGGAGAGACUGUUGAGGAGGCUUUCUACUAUAUUCAUAACCUAGUGCUUGCCUGUGAGAUACAAGUACGUACCCUGGCCAGUGCRGGUGGACCUGACAACUUAGUGCUCCUUGAUCCUGGAAAGUAUAAAGCCAAGUCUCGUUCCCCUGAGUCUCCAGCAGGUGAGGGUACUGUAUCCCAUCCAAAAUGGCAGAUUGGAGAACAGGAGUUUGAAGCUCUUAUGCGAAUGCUUGAUAAUCUGGGUUACAGAACUGGSUACCCAUAUCGAUGCCCUGCUCUCAGAGAGAAAUCUAAAAAGUACAGCGAUGUUGAGAUUCCAGCUAGUGUCACAGGUUACUCCUUUACUAGUGAUGGCGAAUCAGGCAUUUCCUCCCCCCUCAGACACAGUUUUCAGAAACAGCAGCGAGAGAAGACAAGGUGGCUGAACUCUGGCCGAGGGGAUGAUGCUUCUGAAGAAGGGCAGAAUGGCAGCAGUCCCAAGUCGAAGACUAAGUGGACUAAAGAGGAUGGACAUAGAACUGCCACCUCUGCUGUCCCUAAUCUGUUUGUUCCAUUGAACACCAAUCCAAAGGAGGUCCARGAAAUGAGGAACAAGAUCCGAGAACAAAAUUUGCAAGAUAUUAAAACGGCAGGCCCUCAGUCACAGGUUCUYGCUGGGGUAGUUGUGGACAGGAGCCUUGUACAGGAUGCUCCCCUCUCAGACUGUACGGAAUCUAUUGAAGGGCUCGAUCUCACAGAGCAGGCCUUUAGUCCCGCUAAAUCUCUGUCUGUUAGAAAGGGAGAAUUGGUGACUGCAUCAAAGGCAAUAAUUGAGAAAGAAUAUCAACCAAAAGUCAUAGUGAGCACAACAGGACCAAAUCCCUUCAAUAAACUGACUGAUCGAGAACUGGAAGAAUAUCGCAAAGAAGUAGAAAGAAAGCAGAAGGGACCAGAAGAUAAGGUAUCAAAAUACGGAGAGACUGUGUUACUGAGGCAGACACCAGCUGGGGAACAGAGUGCAGUGCUUAGAAAUCAGAUCAUCAGUGAGCAAAACACGUCAGMUAAAAAAUCUCUGGAUUUGAAAGGCAGAUCAAACACCUUCCAAGGAACAGAUACGAAGACUUUAAAGGAUCGUGACGUAUCAUCACUGUCUAAGUCUUUAGAUAACACUCAGUUUGCUGCUGCAUGGGUUUCUUGUCAGACCAUGCAGCAAAUCAUCCCACAUCUAAACGGAGAAGAGCCAGAUGGGCAGAAGUCCUCCCAUAAGGAAUUUCAUACUGCAGUGAUCAAAGCGUUAAGGUCCGAUCCUGACCUUUUGGCUGAGGCCUCAGAGCCUUCAGAAGAUGGCAGGCCACAGAAAGAGAAAAGCCCCCCUGACCCCACUUCAGCUCGCACUCCUCCCAGUACGCCAAUUAAAAUAGAGGAAGAGACACGGCAGGACCAGACCUACAGAGAUGACAGUGAUGCUGCAACUUUCAAGCAAACCCUCCCAGAUCUCACCCCUGAUGAGCCUUCGGAAGCACUCGGCUUCCCUCCCUUAGGAAAGGAGGAAGGGAGAUGUGACCAAGACGUGCCCAAAAGCCAAACAGAACCACCUGCAGUGGAAAAUAAGGAACCCCAGUCUCAACCCACUGAAGAGCCAGCAACACCAACAGCUGAGGAGGGGACAGCAGCUGAUGCAGGUAGUGAUGAAUCUCCAGGGAAAUCCCCAUCAAAAAAGAAAAAGAAGUUUCGCACUCCUUCCUUCCUGAAGAAGAGCAAAAAGAAGAGUGACUCCUAAAGGCCAACCCACUGCAGAAACACUGUCAUAUUUUAAAAUCCAUUAACCACUAGAAUGUACCAGAUCGUACUGAGUGUUUUGUCUUACUAUGUAAAUGAAUGCCACAAUUAAUCCAACCAGCCCCUCAAGUUAUGGCUUGAUUGUUUAGGGUUAUAACCAGAAAUUAAUGUCCAAAAAGGUGCUAAUCCUGUGUGUUCAGCAGCUGCCACAGAUCUGAUCCCUAAUUUGUAAUCAAAUGUAAAUGACUUCCAUGUGGAAGGCAUUGAUUCACUAUUUUUAAUGUAAAGCCUGCACUGCUUUGCAAAAGAAUAUAAGAAGUUCACAAUUAAAAAUAAACCACCCAUUGCUUACCACAAGAAGUGUUCUUUCCAAUAUUCUAUUCCAAGCCACAGGUAAAUUUCUUAAAUUUUGACUUUUAGAGAGGAAGCUUUUGCAGUGGUGUUCUCAAGGGGGCGUAUUCUUGAACUGACGUGUAAACUUCUGCAAGCUUGUGAGUACAGGUUGUGUUUUGGCCAAGCUUUGAGGUUCUCCAUUGCUUCCUCUCUUUCUCSCUUUUCACUAUUGUUACAAAAUGAAGGUGAUUUUCACUUUUUUUUAAUAACUGGCUGGUGAAAUCAAUCUUUGAUGUCUAGGACUGAAAUGACUGUGGUGUGUUCCGCUCAUGUUGUGUGUUCAAAGAGCCCAGUCUUGACCUGGUUUUUUUCUUUCUUGUGAAUUACAGUUUAAGGGAAAUCUGUCUUUGCUCUUGCCUCGCUGAGUCAUGUGGYGAUUUGGCUGUUAGAAAAGGUUAAAAAGUAACUGAAGUAAAGKUAUUUCCGAAGUUUUUCAGCUGGUGGUGUGGAGCAUGGGCAGGUGUAUUUUGGGCCUUAGCACAGGUUUUUUCAUCCUCUUAAAAAUCCCUUUAUUGCACAUGCAGCCUUGCUGUGCAUGAAACCCCAUGUGCAGCUUUWUGUGUUUGUUCCUUCCCACUGAUAAAAAUGUAAAUGCAUUACACUGAGUAUUUCACCUUGUUUUAGAGUAAUUAUAUUUUCACUUACAAAAGCUGGCAUUUCUUUAAAUCUUUUUGUUGUUGUUGCCAGCAGUCAAGUGCAGAAAUCCUGUGUAACCUUAAAGGUGUAUUUUCACCGUUUGCUAUAAAUGUUUGUUUAAUGUGCAGCAUGGCAAAUCACUCCCACCACUGAGUUCACUAUUUCCCAGUUAUUGCCAUGCUUCUGUCUCUCACUAAUUGUAAAAGUAAUUUAAGAUCAGGUAGGUCAAGCUUGCGGAAUUCUCCAGAAAGCAGGURCCAUUCCCCGGCCCAGGGCUGGCGGGUCGGUGACCAUUUCUGGUUUCUACAAUUUGCAUUUCAGGUUUAACAGCAGCAAACCCCUACACCCUGUGGGGGUGAGGGCAGCACACUGACUCACAGUAUGUGUCUGUAACACAACAGAACAUGGAUGUAACCUUUUAGGACAAUAUUAAAUGUUGCAAUUGGUAAAAUAGCAGAGAACUAAUGCCUUACAUUCAUGCAGCAGAAAGCACAGAGGGCCGGGCGGGUGGAGCAGCUGGAGGCAGCUCUGGGUGGGCAGAGCAAGGCCUUUGUCAGGUUGGGAGGUGCCGAUGCCUCGGGCUGGGUUUACACAGCGAAGGGGCAACAGCUGGGAGUGGAAUUAGAGCUGUCAGUGUUCCAGUGAGGAGAGCUUUGGAGGUGGCCACUGGUACCGUGGGAAAGGUGUCGUGGCCUGGYUGGGUGGGACAGAGCAGGCGGGCACAGGGCAGGAGCCCCCGGACAGCAGCGCUCAGGCAGGACUGCAUGGCACGAAUGGCUUUCAGCUUCUACUCUAACCUUGUAUGUCCUUGUACACUAGGAAGCAAACAACACUUAUUUUGCUAAAUUGUGUUUUAUUGCAGGGUCGUAACUAAAUGACUAAUUGCUGUAUGUUUCAGUUCUUUACUGAAGUCCCUCCAUUUAUCUUGACCACAUAUGCAAUGAYUCUUAAUUUCUAAUUUUGUAGUUUGUUCUUUUUAGUUCUUUGUAUUACAAUAUGAAAUGUAGUCAUGUAUGGUAUGGUUACACACUUUGGGGCAGAAUAAAGUCCUGUAUUUUUUUCUUU